AUGGAGGAUGCCUACUGUCUCACCACUUCGCAAGUUCUCGAAUUUUUUCACACAACUGAGGAAAGUGGACUCUCUGAGAAACAGGUUGCCAUUGCCCUAAAUAAAAAUGGCUUCAAUGAGCUACCACCGGAAGAAACCAAACCAUUGUGGCGUCUAGUUUUGGAACAGUUUGAUGAUCUUCUGGUCAAGAUUUUGCUGUCCGCUGCCACAAUAUCUUUUGUCCUUGCAUGGUUCGAGGAUUCUGAAGAUGCGACCACGGCCUUUGUUGAGCCUCUUGUGAUAAUGUUGAUUCUCAUCCUCAAUGCCAUUGUUGGGGUCUGGCAGGAAAGGAACGCCGAAUCUGCUAUCGAAGCCUUAAAGGAAUACGAAUCUGAUACAGCGAAGGUGAUUCGCCAAGGACACAGGGGCCCUCAAACAGUGAAAGCACGUGAACUCGUCCCGGGUGAUAUAGUCGAAGUUUCCGCUGCCGAAUUAUCGGCGAUAGAUCCGAGUUCCUGCAUCGGUGACAGAGUUCCUGCGGAUAUUCGGAUUACCACUAUUAUGAGCACUACCCUCAGAGUGGACCAGUCAAUCCUGACCGGCGAAUCCGUUUCCGUCCUGAAACACUCCGACCCUAUUUCCAGUAGCCGGGCGGUUAAUCAAGACAAGAAGAACAUGCUUUUCAGUGGCACCAAUGUGGCAUCGGGGCGAUGUCGAGGCGUUGUGGUCGGAACUGGAAUGAAUACCGAAAUAGGGAAGAUUCGCGAUCAAAUCAUGCAUUCGGAAACAGAGAGGACUCCUCUAGGUCAAAAGAUUGAUGAGUUCGGCACACAGUUGUCAAAAGUGAUCACCCUCAUCUGCAUUGCCGUAUGGUGUAUCAAUAUUGGCCACUUCAACGAUCCCGUUCAUGGUGGAUCCUGGCUGCGUGGUGCCAUCUACUAUUUCAAAAUUGCCGUCGCCCUUGCUGUAGCCGCUAUCCCAGAAGGUCUACCAGCCGUCAUCACGACUUGCUUGGCUCUGGGCACACGUCGCAUGGCCCGUAAAAACGCCAUUGUCCGCUCGCUACCCAGUGUUGAAACUUUGGGCUGCACGACAGUGAUUUGUUCAGACAAGACGGGGACUCUAACAACAAAUCAAAUGACUGUGGUCCGCAUGUUCACUUUUGCGAAUGGAGCACCUGGUGGUGCACAAAGUGGUGAUGGGCGACCACUGGCUUUCGAUGAAUUUGAGAUUACCGGCUCCAAAUACGCCCCCGAGGGGAGCAUCAUUCGGAAAGGUCAAAAGGUCAACUGUUCAGAGCAUCCAUGCUUGGUCGAGUUGGCUCACAUUUGUGCACUGUGUAAUGAUUCCGGAGUUGAAUAUAAUGAAAGUAAAGGACAUUAUGAAAAAGUUGGCGAAGCGACGGAGACUGCUCUGAUUUGCUUGGUGGAGAAGAUGAAUGUUUCUGGGGUGUGCAAGACUGGACUUACCAAUCGGCAGCUCGCAAUGGCCUGUAGUCAUGAUCUGCAGCACAUGUACCACAAAGAAUUCACCUUGGAAUUCUCACGUGAUCGCAAGUCCAUGUCCACAUUCGUGACACCUAAAUCUCGGGGGGAUGGAAGGCAUGGGAAGCUGUUUGUAAAGACUUCUCAUUUUACACCUUGCCGUCUAUUUGAGCAUCCAUCAGGGGUGCCCACCUCAUUCCUAUCUAAUUUUGUGAUCAAUGAGCUAAUGAAAUGA